AUGACAGUCGGAUCCAAGCCCCAGUCAUCCACAGCUAACAGCAGAACCUGGUGGAAAGAAUCCUCUGUCUACCAGAUCUAUCCCGCGUCGUUCAAAGACUCGAAUGGCGAUGGUAUCGGCGAUAUACCGGGGAUCAUUUCCGAACUGGACUACAUCAAAGCCCUGGGUGUAGAUAUAGUCUGGCUCUCACCUAUUCUACAGUCACCCCAGAUAGAUAUGGGAUACGACGUGUCUAAUUAUUAUCAAAUUCAUCCGCCAUAUGGUAAUCUCAAGGACAUGGAUAUGCUUAUCGAGGGUAUUCAUGCCCGAGGGAUGAAGUAUGUCAUGGACCUUGUCGUGAAUCAUACAUCUGAUCAACAUGACUGGUUCAAACAAUCGCGGUCUUCGAAAGAUAGCCAGUUCAGAGAUUGGUAUGUUUGGAAGAAGCCCAAGUAUUCAUCAGACGGCGUACGACAGCCACCGAACAAUUGGGGCUCCUACUUUGGUGGAUCCGCCUGGGAAUAUGACAAGAAAACCGACGAGUAUUAUCUCCAUCUCUUCGCAACCGAACAACCAGACCUUAACUGGGAGCACCCAGAAGUACGCGCUGCCGUACAUCAAAUCAUGCGGUACUGGCUUGACAAGGGUGUCAAUGGGUUCCGUAUGGACGUCAUCAAUUUCAUCAGUAAAGACCAACAAUUCCCCGAUGCACCUGUUGAUCCGAGCAAGACAUAUCCCGAGGGGUCGAAAUAUUACGCUUGCGGGCCAAGACUUCAUGAAUACCUACAAGAUAUUGGGAAAGUAUUGCAGGAGUACGAUGCAUUCUCUGUUGGUGAAAUGCCAUCUGUCUAUGAUCCAGUCGAGAUCUUGAACGCGGUAGGCUUCGAUCGUCAGGAACUAGCCAUGGCAUUCCAAUUCGAGAUCAUGGAUCUUGAUCAUGGCGCAGAGGGCAAAUUUUUUCCUGGCAAUCUCCGUCUCAAAGAUUUGAAGUCGGUCGUCAUGAAGUGGCAGUCAUUUAUGUAUGAAAACAACGGCUGGAACGCGCUAUAUCUUGAGAAUCACGACCAGGGACGCAGCAUAUCUCGAUUUGCAUCGGCGGAGCCAGAAUACCGCGCUCUGUCUGGGAAGAUGCUAGCCACAUUUUUGGGUCUGCAGAGUGGAACGCCAUUCUUGUAUCAAGGUCAAGAACUGGGGCUAGUCAAUAUUCCGGAAACUUGGGGUAUCGAAAAAUUCCGAGAUCUCGAGGCCAUCAACUUUUGGAACGAGUUCGUUCGAGGGAAGCCGGAGCUGCAUGAGCAGACAUUGAAGGAAAUGCGACUUAAAUCGCGAGACAAUGCACGGUUGCCGAUGCAAUGGGGCCCCGGGAGAUUUGCAGGAUUCACCUCUGGGGCUGUUGCCCCCUGGAUUGAUGUGAACAAUGACUACCAGAGUUGGAAUGCGGCUUCCCAGAUUUCUGAUCCAUCUAGCGUUUUCCAAUAUUGGGCAAAGAUCCUCAGUCUGCGGAAAACGUGGGUGGACGUCUUUGUGUAUGGAUCAUUCACCCUUAUUGACGAGAGCCACGAUGAUCUGUUUGUAUAUUCAAGAUGCUUUGACGAGGCUACUGUGGUAGUGAUCACAAACUUCUCCUCAAACGAGGUGACUUGGCUUGUUAAUAGUCAGGUAUCACCGACUCUUGCAAAUGGGACGAUUCUGGUGGGAAAUUAUGAGACACGCAAAUCGAUGGAAAGCACCGGUGGAAAAAUCACAUUGGGCCCAUUCGAGGCUGUCGUGGUACUUGACAAUCGAUCUCAAAGUUGUCUCCGGCCGUGA